AUGUUUCCGUGUGUUUCCGCAUUAGUCGAAAAACAAACUUUGGAACACCAUCGCCAACGAUAAGAUAAGGCUUGCUCUCUAUCGGUCGCUCUGUGUGCGAGGACUGCAACUUCUGUUCGAUGCUUAUCCAACACGCUUAUCACAAACCACUGCUGCUGACCAUUCCGCUGUGUCUUACAAAGGAAACAGUUUAGAAACAUCUCUGUAUCUCGACCCUGCAGGCAGCUCUGUAGCCCGGGAGUGUUGGCGUAGAACUUUAGGACAAGCCAACGCUCGGUUCGUACCGCUCGGUGCCCAGUUGGAACCGUUCGCCGCCAGUAAAAAAGGAUGGAGUUCCUGCUCGGUGGUGCCUCGUCGAUGUGUGCCGUGCUGUUUACGAACCCGUUCGAUGUGCUCAAAACACGCCAACAGCUGGAGGGCGAGCUGAUAGCGAAGCAGAAUCUCAAGGAGCGCGCGUACAAGGGCAUCCGGCAGUCCGUCAUCACUGUGGUCCGGACGGAUGGUUUGCGCGGCCUGCAGAAGGGACUUCCGGCCGCCCUGCUGUAUCAGUUUUCUAUGAACGGUGUCCGCCUGGGGACGUACCAGACGGCGGAGAAUCUCGGUUGGACGAAGAGUGCCCAACAUCCGUCGCUGACACCUUUGCUCUCGCUGUUCUGGGGUGGAUGUGCUGGGCUGGCAAGUGCCACAGCAUCCUGCCCAUUCUAUGUGGUGAAGACGCAGCUGCAGGCCGUCACCUCCGGAUCGUACACGGCCCGGUUUCAGCAUCAUCACAGCGGAACUCUAUCGGCUUUUGUGAAUAUCUACCGGCAAAGCGGAAUUAGAGGACUGUUCCGAGGGUACACGGCAACCCUAGCCCGUCUGGUUGUUGGAUCAUCGGCUCAGAUGUCUUCGUUCAGUGCGUGCAAAGAGUUUUUCCUGCGGUACGAAGUGUUCCAGCAGUCUAUUGUACUGACUGCACUGGCCAGCAGUACUGUGGCGGGAUUUCUGACCAGUGUGCUGAUGUCUCCGUGCGAUGUCGUGACGACGCGCAUGACCAAUCAAGCCGUAUCCGCCAACGGGAAAGGCUUGCUGUACACCAACAUCUUCGAUUGCUUCCUGAAGAUCUACCGAUCGGAAGGCAUCCACGGCUACUACAAGGGAUUCGUGCCAAUGUACCUGCGAGUGGCUCCACACACGAUGCUUAACCUCACCUUCUGGGAGUUCUUCAAGGGUCUCCACGAACGAUACGGGAAGCAUUGAGGGCUGGAUGCUCGAUAACAUUCCCGCUCUAACGCGCUACACGAAUGAUGAAAGACACAUAGAAUGCGUACUCUUCUGUCGUCUUACGCUUAUCUUAUCACCGUCUUAAAGGCUUGGCUCACAGACACAAACACACCGACGACUCCACUCCAGUAGUUAGCAUUUACAAAUGCAUGCCACGCCUGUUUCGCUUAGCAAAUAUUGGCCGCUAUAUAAUAGCAUCAUUAUCGCGCAGGAACAUAGGGAAACCUACUUUGAUAAGGAACCGAGAAACUAUAGUGAUGUGUCUCGAUACGGUCGUUAAACGAUUAAAAUUAAGCACAGAUGCAAGCUGCCCAUGUACGACACAACGCAACAGCUACUAAACGAGCGGAUAAGACACAUGCGAAAAACGGAACUGGCA